AUGGCCUCCCCAGACCUGGAAAUAGAAGUGGAGGUCAGCCCGGCAGCCGCCCAGGCUGGCAAGCCGCCCCCCGCCGGCCCCGCCGGCACGCCGUUUGCGGCCGCGGCCGCCCAGCUUCCCGCAGACUUCCACGGCAUAAGCCUGAAGGGCGUCGACCCCUUGCUGGCGACGGCCAUCCCGCCGCCGGCCGCUUUCAAGUCGUCGCCGCACUACCCCCUCAUCUUCACGCAAAACCCAUUUGCGGCGGGCCAGGUCAGCUUGGGGGAGGCGGCGCCUAAUGAGAACCUGCCUUGGAUCAACACGCGGGCGUAUGAGACUGAGAACGAUAUGGGCAGGUGCAAGAUCGAGAUCCACGUGCGGGGUGUGAAGAGCAGCCAGGCCGAGAAGUUCAGGGGGAAGAAGCGGUUCGUGCACACGGCCAUCCAGGCGCGCCUCACGCGGCCGGUGGUCGCGGGGGACUUGUGCCUUGGGCAGGAGCUGUUCAACGAGGCGGCGGUCCCGGUGUUCUUCAUGAACCCGGUCCUGGCCUCGUGCCAGCUCAUCAACGUCGCGCGGGCGGGGGAGGAGCCGGGGCUGUGGGACGCCAAGGAGGACGUCAGGCUCAUGCUGCCGGACGCGGUGGACGCCAAGGGCGCCCCCCUCAGCAGCGAGGCGCGCCGCAAGUGGUGCGACGUGCCGGCCAACAUCGAGGGCGCAGUUUUCAGCCCGGGCCUGGUGUACACCUUCCACUUCUGGCAGCACUACGCGGACUUUGGGAAAUACCGCCUCAACCUGGGCUUCUUGAACCUGGACCUGGCGCCGCUGCUGCACCGCUCCCCGCUGCAGCUGACCUGCAAGGACGUCGGCAGCGGCAGCUACGCGUUCUCGCUGCUCGUCUGGCACGAGCGCGCGCUGUACGGCCGCAUCAACGCGGCGGGCGACGCCGCCGGCGGCGACGACGACGCGACGGCGGCGGCGGACCAGGCGGCACGGCUGCUGCGGGGGUCGGGCAGCCUUACGUCACGGCUGCUGUCAGGGCUGAGCGGCGUGCUCGGCAGCGGGCGCCAGGGGUCCAAAUGA